GCUCUUUGGUUUCAGCAGGUUUCCUCACUUGGUUCUGUCUAGCUGUCACAUCGGCUGCGUUCUGUGACGUCUUCAGACUAAAUCAUUUCUACAGGAAUUCAGUAACAUACAAAGGAUGAAGUGGUGGAUCCUCUGGUGGCUUCUCCUGUCUCAUGACAUCAUCUUUAAAAAUCACACUUGUGGUCAGUGUAACAAUAACACCCCCAAAAAAUGUUCACAACGUGGAAGGUGCAACAGAUGUUGUUCUAAGGGAAAUAACCCAAAGAGUGAGGAGGCCAAACGUUGUAUGGAGAAUGUAACGAAAUUUUUCACAAAAGGAAACAAACGUGACUCUAUCAACGCCAUUGAGGAUCUAGAAAAUUUUCUAGAGGAAACUGAAGUGGAUGAUAUUACAUUCAUGUCUGUCGAUAAUUUGGUGGCUGCCCUGCACAAACCCAAAGGCUCCUUUGAAGGCCUUGAAAUUUAUGCCAGUGAGAAUCAGGCAUCAGACAAGCCUGUCGCCAACAGCAAAGUGAGAGUUCAACUGCCGAAAGGGUUGGAUGUUGGAUCAGACAACACAAUUGUGCUUUGCUCGCUUCCCUGGCCGGAAACAAACGUGACCAUACCCGGAGCCUCAGGUCAACUGUAUGAGAACAGAAUGCAUGGCUUAAGUGUGCAUCUCAAGAGUAUUUCAGGACUACAGGAGCGUGUCAACAUCACCAUGAAUCUGACUACAGCCAUAAAUGAUAACCAAACUGUGCCCAUAUGUGUGUUCUAUAAUUUUUUAAGUGAUGAAUAUAGCAACAAUGGCUGCCUAACCCUGUGGGUACAUGGUCAGGAUAACAUCACCUGCUCCUGUGACCACCUCACAUACUUUGGUGUGCUUGUGGUGUCUGAGAUCCCCUCACCUGAAGACCAGGAGAUUCUGACAUACAUUAGUGUGAUUGGCUGCGGCCUUUCUCUAUUUUCCCUGGUUAUCACUGUUUUGCUCUUCUUCACAAAUAGAAAACUCAGAGGAGAUGUCUCUAUGAGGAUCCACAUCAGCCUCGUCUUUGCCCUGAUCCUACUCAACCUACACUUCCUCCUCAGUCAGAUAGUGACAGAACAGUCCCCUUCUAAGGCAAACCCCACAGUGGGACUGUCCCUCCCCAAUGAGACAGUGACAGAACAGUCUCCCUCUAAGGCAAACCACACAGAGUUUGCCUUAGAGGGAGACUUCCUCCCCAAUGUGACAGAACAGCCCCCCUCUGGGGUUUGCCUUUACAUCGCUAUUUCUCUUCACUACUCUCUGUUGGCCAGUUUCACCUGGAUGGCCUUGGAGGGGUUCCACAUCUACCUUCUCUUAGUUAGAGUCUUCAAUAUCUAUGUCAGGAGAUAUGUGCUCAAACUCAGUGUGGUGGGAUGGGGUAUUCCUGCAGUCAUUGUGUCUCUGGUGGCCAUCAUAGACAUAAAGUCAUAUCGUAAUUUCGUUCUGGACCCGCCUAACAGCACCUCAAUAUGCUUUGUCACUGGUACAGCAAAGACGGUGACUGUAGUGGGAGCCCUCUUUUUGGUGUUCACCUCGAAUGUCAUCUUGAUAGGGAUGGCAAUCAGACGUGUUUUGAGUCUCCGCCAAAGAACAGAGGGUAACAUUGGCACCACAAAGCGAGACAUCUGUACCUUGCUGGGAGUGUCCACUCUGUUUGGUGUGGCCUGGGGGCUGGCCUUCUUCUCAUUUGGCUACCUGAACACUACAGGCCUCUACCUCUUCUGCAUCCUGAAUUCACUGCAAGGUUUCUUCAUCUUCCUGUGGUUUGUGAUGUCUUUGAGAAAGAAUAGAAGCUCCGCUACUACCACUACCACUACCACUGAAGCACAUAGCUCCAACCGUUGAGCCUAAACUCAGCUCAUUACACCAAGACAUUUGUGUGUGUGGGAGGGGUGGAUACUUUUGACAUACUUAUUUCUAAAUUACAUUCUGUACAUCAUGUACAACAACAUGGCAUAGAACCAAUCAUACUACCUGGUAAUGACUCAUGCAAGCUAAUAUAUAAUAUUAAUUGUAAAAUACUUCAGCAGCUCGCAGUUUCAGAUCUUUUUUUAGUGCCGCGUCAUUAGUAUACCCUGCUGUGCUUAUAAAAGUGUUGUGGUGAGGGGUUUAUUUAUUCAUCCACUGGGCAAAAGACAGAAAAACACGCUCACAUCUAUCGGCAAUUGUCCUACUUCACCCUUUCUGUUCACAUCUGUGUGAACAUAAGAGCUCGUAAACUCUUUACAGAGUAAGACUCCCUACAGAAAAGCCAGAACUGAGAUCCCAGAAUGGCUGAAGGCUUAUAUGUCAGUAUACCUAAUACCAAUGACAGCUGGAAACUUUAGUCUUUAGUGGUUUUCCCCAUCAUUACAUGUUUGUAUAUUAUAUUAUUUUAUUUCUGUUGACAUAUAAAAAUGAACCUCACCUGUAAUAAUUUGGUUGCUCUGAUGAAAAAAAAAAUUUGCAUAAAAAAAAUACCCCCCGCAGACCAAACACAGGCACUGCUGUGUUUCACUUUAUCUCUCCCUUCAUGAGCACAGCUUACUAGCAUUUGUCUGGUUGAUCCUGUUCACUCUAGUGGUAAGAGAGUACUACUCUAUAUCCACUGGCUAAUAAUGUAAGUCUUGUUUUUUUUCUUCUUUUUUUUCCUUUAAUAGGAUGUAUCAGGUGUGUUACUGUGAUGGUAUUGUGAAAUUACCUGUUAAAUUCAUCAAAAUGACAGAGUAAUUUUGGUCAGCGUAAUCAAACUAAUGAAGUUGAACGUUUUAAUUCGUUUUGUAGAUAUACUGUUGAUUUGAAAGAAAUCCUGGUGAUGGGCUUCAAAGGUGGAACUGUACAAAAGAUUUUCCUGUAUUUGGCCAACAGUAGAGUAAGACUCGAAAAGCCAUAGCAACUAUGUCUGAUGUUUUGAAUGUUUCUGAGUUUUGAAUUUUAGUUUUUUGUGGUGUUUCCAUUAGAAGAACUGGCCCCAUAUUUGCCUUUGUAAUUGCGAAGUGGACUGGUGUUCUUUGUACAAGGAUUAAAAUCUUUUUCUUUC